GGCCGGGGCCGAGGGCGGGGCGGCGGCGCGAGCGGCGGCGGCGGUUCCAGCAUGAAGAGGAGAGCAGGCCUGGGGGGCAGCAUGAGGUCAGUGGUGGGCUUCUUGUCCCAGCGGGGCUUGCAUGGGGACCCCCUGCUCACUCAGGACUUUCAGAGGAGACGCCUGCGGGGCUGCAGAAACCUCUACAAGAAGGACCUCCUCGGCCACUUCGGCUGUGUCAAUGCCAUUGAAUUCUCCAACAAUGGAGGCCAGUGGCUGGUCUCAGGUGGAGACGACCGCCGGGUUUUGCUAUGGCACAUGGAACAAGCCAUCCACUCCAGGGUCAAGCCCAUACAGCUCAAAGGAGAGCACCAUUCCAACAUUUUUUGCUUGGCUUUCAACAGUGGGAACACCAAAGUAUUUUCUGGAGGAAAUGAUGAGCAAGUUAUCCUCCAUGAUGUUGAAAGCAGUGAGACCUUGGAUGUAUUUGCUCAUGAAGACGCAGUAUAUGGGUUGUCGGUGAGCCCAGUAAAUGAUAACAUUUUUGCCAGCUCUUCAGAUGAUGGCCGGGUUCUCAUUUGGGACAUCCGGGAGUCUCCUCAUGGAGAGCCUUUCUGCCUGGCAAACUAUCCUUCAGCCUUUCACAGUGUCAUGUUUAACCCUGUGGAGCCCAGGUUAUUGGCCACAGCCAAUUCAAAGGAAGGAGUAGGACUCUGGGAUAUUCGAAAACCUCAGAGUUCUCUCCUGCGCUAUGGUGGCAAUCUGUCCCUCCAAAGUGCCAUGAGUGUACGAUUCAACAGCAAUGGGACCCAACUCCUGGCCCUGAGGCGUCGCCUGCCUCCUGUGCUGUAUGAUAUCCACUCUCGCCUGCCCGUGUUCCAGUUUGACAAUCAGGGUUAUUUCAACUCAUGCACUAUGAAAAGCUGCUGUUUUGCAGGUGAUCGUGACCAGUAUAUCCUUUCAGGCUCUGAUGACUUCAACCUAUAUAUGUGGAGAAUUCCUGCAGAUCCAGAAGCAGGUGGCAUUGGCAGGGUGGUCAAUGGAGCCUUCAUGGUGCUGAAAGGGCAUCGAUCUAUUGUUAACCAGGUCCGAUUUAAUCCCCACACCUACAUGAUCUGCUCUUCUGGUGUAGAAAAGAUUAUUAAGAUCUGGAGCCCAUAUAAGCAGCCGGGAUGUACCGGAGACCUUGAUGGCCGCAUUGAGGAUGAUUCCCGUUGCCUCUAUACCCAUGAAGAGUACAUCAGCCUGGUGCUGAAUAGCGGGAGUGGCCUAUCCCAUGACUACGCCAACCAGUCCGUCCAGGAGGACCCUCGAAUGAUGGCCUUCUUUGACUCCCUGGUCCGCCGGGAGAUCGAGGGGUGGAGUUCGGACUCAGACAGUGACCUCAGCGAAAGCACCAUCCUCCAGCUGCAUGCAGGAGUCAGCGAGCGCUCAGGCUACACUGACUCAGAGUCCUCAGCCUCACUGCCCCACUCCCCGCCUCCCACUGUGGACGAGUCCACCGACAGCGCCUUCCACCUGGGCCCUCUACGGGUCACUGCUACACCCGCAGUGGCAUCUGCCCCACCUGCGCCCACCUGUGAGGACACAGCCUCUCGCCAGCAGCGCCUCUCAGCUCUGCGACGUUACCAGGACAAACGCCUCCUGGCCCUGUCCAAUGAGUCAGAUUCAGAGGAGAACGCCUGUGAAGUCGAGCUGGACACAGACCUCUUCCCCCGGCCCCGUUCGCCAAGCCCUGAGGAGGAGUCCAGCAGUUCCAGCAGCUCCAGCAGCUCAGAGGAUGAGGAGGAGCUGAAUGAACGCCGAGCCUCCACCCGGCAGCGGAAUGCCGCUCGGAGGAGGCAGAAGUCGCUCCGUGAGGAGCGGCCUAGUGCACCCACCAAGCCUGCCAGCACCUACAUUGGUGAAGACAACUGCGACUACCCACAGAUCAGAGUAGAUGAUCUCUCCUCCUCUCCAACCUCCUCCCCAGAGCGGAGCACUUCUGCCCUGGAGAUUCAGCCCAGCCGAGCGUCACCAACCUCGGACAUAGAGUCAGUUGAGCGAAAGAUUUAUAAAGCUUACAAAUGGCUCCGUUACUCCUACAUCUCCUACUCUAAUAACAAAGAUGGAGAGACUUCUCGAGUGGCAGGGGAUGUGGAUGAAGGGAGAGCAGGAACCAGCCACAAGGACAAUGCUGCCCCUUCUUCUAGUAAAGAAACCUCUCUGAGCGCAGCCUCUGCCCAGAGGAACCAGGACCUGCCCCCAGAAGGCUGCAGCAAAGAUGUGUGUAAAGAAGGGACUGCCACUAGAAGUCCCAGCCAUGGCCCAGGCCAUGAGCACAGCAGCCACCCUCGGGCAGAGGCACCAGAGGGCACCUCUCAGGAUGUUAACAGUGGGGGCUCAGUAGAAUAUUCUUUUGAAACAAAGAAGCUCAAUGGAAAGGCCCUGAGUAAGGCCCUGAGCAGCCGAGCUGAAGAGCCUCCUUCUUCUCCGGUGCCCAAGGCAUCGGGCUCCACUCUUAGCAGUGGCUCUGGCAACUGCUCUAGGACCCAGUCUGAUGACAGUGAGGAGAGAAGUGUAGAAACCAUCUGUGCCAACCACAACAAUGGACGCCUACACCCUCGGCCCCCGCACCUGCAUAACAAUGGGCAGAACUUUGGGGAGCUAGAGGCAGUAGCCUGUUCCUCCCCAGGACAUCCGGACACUGACCAUGAUAACUCGGGGACUCUUGUACAAAAAGACUGUUGUGGGUCCGAAAUGGCCUGUGAGACCCCCAGUGCUGGAGCAAGAGAGAACCCCACUGACACCCCAGCCACAGACAGCAGCAGGGCCAUUCAUGGCCACAGUGGCCUCAAAAGGCACCGAGUUGAGUUAGAAGACACGGAUUCAGAGAAUUGCUCCUCAGAGAAGAAACUGAAAACAUGAUAAACACAAAGGGAAACCCAAAAGCUACAAAAAGUAGCUUUAGAAAAAAUAUUCUUGUUUAGUGAAUACAGCAGAAAGGAAAAAAGUAUUAAAGGCACAUAAAACCAGGGCCUGAAAUUUUGUGUCUGCUGCUGCUCCCUUCCAUUCAAUAUUCAACCGUGGGUCUGAAUGUCUAGCUGGCCAUUGAUCUGUGUUGUGUUAAGAAAGGGGAAAGGGCCAAGGGCCAAGCAACUCCAUUCUAGUGAGACAAGCGCACAGUGCACCUGGGCAAGGGUCACUAAAAGUCUUUGUUAAGACAUUGGACUCUGGCUCCUGUGAGUGCAUGCACUGGCACUUGGGUGCUCUCUGUCUCGUGAGACUUCUGGUGGUUGUCCAUCAGCAAGGACCCGUGCAUGGGCCUGUAGUUUUUGCCAUCUCACCCUGUUCACACAUCACGGUGUUCAGGUCUUGAGGAGGAGUGCCCAGUAGAUGAGAUUGUGCGGCUGUUGUAGGUUAUACCCGGAGAGCAGAAGGGGCCUUCGGACAGCAGCUCUGCUGGAACGGGAACCAUAGUUCUUUUCUUAACCUUCCAUGUUUUCUCUCAGUAGUGCUUCUUCAUUGAGGCUAUAACAUGGAGAUAGUAAAAGUGAGGCAUUUCCUAUCUAAGAGGCCAGCACUUAGAUUUGAGAACAUGUGGAUCCCUGGAGAAUUUCAUUGUUUGUGAAUUGAGCAGCGCGUAAUAUGUCCCAGAUUAUAACUAGUCCUGGAUAACACACUUUAACCAGUUAGGCGCUAGUUCUGAAGAGACUUGAGGCCAAGGGCUUCCUUGGCUACAUUUGAUGGAGACAGGGCACAUUGAGGUGGGAGGAAACAGCUCUCCAGAACUCUGUCCAGACUACCACCGUGGCUGUUAGAGGUGUGUUACUGAAGUGUGGUGAAGACCAGGCUGAGGACUACAUGCUUUUAUCUCAACCCAAAGUUGAGCAACUGGUGUCUUCCCUCAGGCUGCAGGUAGUAGCGGCUGUGCUGUUAGGCAUCUCUUAAAGGGACAGAUUCUUGUUGAGUAGGUCUGGUGAGAAAGAGGCAGAGGGGCUGGGGAGAAGAGUCUUUGGCUUAACUCCUGGCUGUCAAAGGAAAUUCAGUUCUGUUGAGAUAGGGAAUGUUUCAGAGAAUGAAGGGUCAAAAAAGGCUUUCAGCAUUUCAGUGGUGGUUGUUACAGUUACUCAGCUACCAAUGCAGGGCAUGCAAGACAGGAAGACCUAGUAAGAAUGGUCGAGUGUCUUAUUGGCACAGACAUCAAGAAAGGCAGAAUACUGGCAAGAGAUGGAGAGAGAGAGAACAAUAUGCUUUUCUUGAAUGCAAAGGUAUUAGGCAAUGAGAAGCCCAGCUGGGGUUGGCACAAAAGAGCUAAUGUGAGGCUCAUGUGUGUGGCCUUUUAGAUAAGGACCUGUCCUACUGGAACUGGGACCAAGGGCAGACAACCUGUGGAGGCUGAAGUCUCAAGUCAGACACUGGGGGAGGGAGUUCACAUAAAAGGCCAGGGUGGGCGUAAGCCAGAAGGAGCUGCCAUCCUGCUCAGCGGUGCAGAAGAGAGGGCGAGCCUGAAGUAUGUGUGAUGGGCCACAUGCGAGAGCGCUGCUGGGGAGGAGGAGGUGUGAGGGAGUAAGAGCGGAGUGAGAUGUGUACAGUUCAACACCUGGACUCUCACUGAGGGAGCGGAACAGUGAUUUCUGUAACCAAUACUAGAAUUACUUUGGAUUUGUAAUUAAAAUGGUUCUAUGAUUUGUCUUUAACUAUUCACAGAUAAUUGUAAAUUCUGGUUUUAUAAGCCCAAGUUAUUUUACAUUUGCUUUUCCAAAAUGUAUUAAAUUGGAAUUUUGUAAUCCUUUAUAUACAAAAAAGAUGCAACCAUUCAGUGUGUGUUUCUCUUCCCCUUCUUAGCAUACCCAGUCUUUUUAUUUUAGGUUCAUUUAAUCAGCAGGUAGCUUCUUCUGACUUCUCUAAAGACAAUCCACAUAUCUUCCUAGGGAAUAAGUAACAUUGCCUUGGGAACUAGCUAUUGGUAGGUAGUUUCCAAAUGCUGAGCUUAGUGUUUCAUAUUAAAAGUGUUUAUCUCAUUUGCAUCCUGAAAAGAGAAGUCAAAGCUCCCUGCUUUGGUUAACAUUAGAAGCCAAGAAAGAUUUUUAUGAGGAUGCCUUCCAUUCUUGAGGAGAGACUUUUCUCUCCUUUACCACAGGUUCAGCUCAGCAGGAGAGAGGCCCCAUGAAAUACUCCCCAGAGGAGGCUAGGAAACAGAUGCUCUAUAGCUACUCUGUCCUCCCCCACCAGAGAUCUCUGUGUGUUUGUGGUCCUGGAAACCGGACCUGCUCUAGUCCUUUCAUCUAAACCACUGUGAAUUGAGACCCCAACUUUGGAGGUAUGUUUAAUCCCCAAGUUCUUUGUGGCAGAUAUUUUCCCUAGAAAGACGGAUGGCACUGCUUAGACUAAGGUCAGUUUGAAAGUGCCUAUUGUGUUUUCAUCUGUAUCCCAUGCACACAGAUGUAAGUGGCAGGUCCAGGUAUGUAAAACUCUUUCUCUCCACUUUAGUUCCCACCUGGUUUUGUAAAUGAGUUCUGAGGACAAUAGGUAAAUGAGCUAAGUGAGUUGGCGUGGGACAAAUGAAGUUUGCAACUGUGCUUGAUUGAAUAAGCCGAGAGUCUCUUGUCUAUCAAGGUGCCUUCCUCUGCUGAAGCCUUACCUCCUCACAGCCCGGCCUCUUCUCACCCAGUGACCACGUAACUCUUCUCU